GGAAAGUUCCACCAAAUCGCUUUUCCUCCGUGACUCUCCCAAAUCAGUUCCCCACCCUAAUUGACUGAGCCAUCUCGACCAUGGACAUGGCCUCCGCCCCGCCUUCCCAUCCCGUCAGGGGUGAUGCCUCCGCCUCUACCUCAUCUGCAGCAGAUAGCGUCAAUUCGUCGUCGCCUUCGGCAACAUCCGCGUCUGUGAAGGAAGAGAUUGCGUCGUCAUCGCCGGUGUCGUUGGCGGCGGCGGCGGCAGUUAAGUACGAGGUCGAGGAGGAGGAGGAGGAUGUGUGCAGGAUCUGUAGGAAUCCGGGAGACGCGGACAACCCGCUUCGUUAUCCGUGUGCGUGUAGCGGCAGCAUUAAGUUUGUGCACCAGGAAUGCCUUCUCCAAUGGCUCAAUCACAGCAAUGCUCGCCAAUGCGAGGUCUGCAAACAUGCAUUUUCAUUUUCCCCUGUUUAUGCCGAUAAUGCUCCUGCAAGGCUUCCUUUUCAGGAGUUUGUUUAUGGGAUGGCCAUGAAAGCUUGCCAUGUUUUGCAAUUCUUCUUGCGCCUUAGCUUUGUUCUGUGUGUUUGGCUCCUUAUCAUUCCCUUCAUUACAUUUUGGAUAUGGCGAUUGGCUUUUGUCAGGAGUUUUGGUGAAGCCCAGAAAUUGUUUCUAAGCCGUAUCUCAACUACAUUUAUUCUUACUGAUUGCUUGCAUGGAUUUUUACUUUCGGCUAGCAUUGUGUUUAUUUUUCUUGGAGCCACUUCUGUAAGGGAUUGGUUCAGGAACCUGCAAGAAGCUGGUCAGGAGGCUGACCGAGAAGAUGAUGGUGAAAGAAUUGGUGCUCGCGCUGGAAGACAACCCCUUGUACAAGCUAAUAGAAAUUUUCCUGGUGAUGGGAAUGUUGAAGAUGCCAAUGGAGCACAAGGAAUUGGUGGACCUGGUCAAAUAAUCAGAAGAAAUCCUGCAAAUAUUGCUGCUCGUUGGGAGGCAGCUCGUCUUGAGAAUGUUGAGCAGAUGUUUGAGUUGGAAGGUGAUGAUGGUGCAGAGGAUGUACCCUUUGAUGAGCUUGUUGGCAUGCAGGGCCCGGUUUUCCACUUAGUGGAAAAUGCAUUUACUGUUCUUGCAAGCAACAUGAUAUUCCUUGGUGUUGUCGUAUUUGUACCCUUUUCAUUAGGUCGGGUUGUGCUAUAUUAUGUAUCAUGGCUUUUCUCUUCUGCUAGUCUUUCUAUACUAUCAGCAGUUAUGCCCAUCCCAGUUUCGUUAGCAAACAUCACGUUAACUGCAGUUACAAAUUUCACAUCUGAUGACCAUGAAAGCAGUCCUAUUGGCCAAGUUGCAGGAACGUUGAAAGCAAACUCUUCCGGAAGAAGUGAAUUUUCAAGUAACACUAGUAUACCUUUGUCAGGGGAUGUCUUGAAAGGAGCAACAGUUGGAACUUUGCGGCUUUCUGAGUUUACAACUCUUGCUAUUGGAUACAUGGUUAUAUUCUCCCUAAUCAUCUUUUACAUUGGGGUUGUUGCUUUGAUUCGUUAUGUGAGGGGUGAGCCUUUAACAAUGGGGAGGUUCCGCGGUAUUGUUUCAAUACUGGAGGGAAUUCCAUCCCUCAUCAAGCAGUUCUUGGCAGCAAUGAGGCAUUUGAUGACAAUGAUUAAAGUCGCUUUCCUUCUGGUUAUUGAGCUUGGGGUGUUUCCUUUAAUGUGUGGAUGGUGGCUAGAUGUCUGUACUGUUAAGAUGUUUGGAAAAUCAAUGUCUCAGAGAUACCAGUUCUUUUCAGUUUCUCCAUUAGCAAGCUCAUUGGUUCAUUGGGUUGUAGGGAUUGUGUAUAUGCUACAAAUAAGCAUCUUUGUCAGCCUUCUCCGAGGGGUCCUGCGUAAUGGAGUUCUUUACUUUCUUCGAGAUCCGGCUGAUCCCAACUACAACCCUUUCCGUGAUCUAAUCGAUGAUCCUGUACAUAAGCAUGCUCGAAGAGUCCUGUUAUCUGUUGCUGUUUAUGGCAGUCUGAUUGUGAUGCUGGUAUAUCUACCCGUAAAACUUGCUAUGAGGAUGGCACCUUCCAUUUUUCCACUAGAUAUAUCGGUAUCUGAUCCAUUCACUGAAAUUCCUGCUGACAUGCUUCUGUUUCAAAUAUGCAUCCCUUUUGCCAUUGAGCAUUUUAAAUUGCGGACAACAAUAAAGUCUCUUCUCCAUUACUGGUUUACUGCAGUUGGCUGGGCACUUGGGUUAACAGAUUUUUUAUUGCCCAGACCAGAGGAAAAUGGUGGGCAGGAAAAUGGAAAUGGGGAGUUAGGAAGGCAGGAUAUACUGCAGGGAGUGCAAUUGGGUGGGCAGGAUCAGGCCAUAGUUGCGCUGGCAGCUGCUGAUGAUCCAAGUAGAGGUGCCAUUGCUUCAGAAUCUAAUGUUGUGGAGGAGUUCGAUGGUGACGAACAAACAGAUGCGGACAGGUACGGGUUUGCACUUCGCAUUGUCCUCUUGCUGGUGGUUGCCUGGAUGACUUUACUUGUCUUUAACUCUGCCCUGAUAGUAGUACCAAUCUCCCUUGGGCGGGCACUUUUCAAUGCAAUUCCUUUUCUCCCAAUCACUCAUGGCAUCAAGUGCAAUGAUCUGUAUGCUUUCAUUAUUGGGAGCUAUGUCAUUUGGACAGCCAUGGCUGGGGCUAGAUACAGUAUUGAGCACAUAAGAACAAAGAGGGCUAGGGUUUUGAUUAACCAAAUUUGGAAGUGGAGUGGCAUUGUUUUCAAGAGCUCUGUGCUUUUAUCAAUAUGGAUUUUUGUAAUACCAGUUUUGAUCGGACUGCUAUUUGAGCUCCUAGUGAUUGUGCCAAUGCGGGUGCCCGUAGAUGAAAGCCCAGUUUUUCUACUGUAUCAGGAUUGGGCCUUGGGUCUUAUUUUUCUCAAGAUCUGGACUAGACUGGUUAUGCUUGAUCAUAUGAUGCCACUGGUGGAUGAAAGCUGGCGCAUAAAAUUUGAAAGAGUGAGAGAGGAUGGUUUCUCCAGGCUUCAGGGGCUUUGGGUGCUGCGAGAGAUAGUGUUCCCAAUCAUAAUGAAGCUGCUGACAGCCCUAUGCGUUCCUUAUGUCUUAGCCAGAGGGGUAUUUCCUGUGUUUGGAUACCCAUUGGUGGUAAACUCUGCAGUUUACCGAUUUGCAUGGCUGGGAUGUCUAUGCCUCAGCAUGUUGUGCUUUUGUGCGAAGAGAUUCCAUGUAUGGUUCACUAACCUUCACAAUUCCAUUCGGGAUGACCGAUACCUUAUCGGUCGCAGACUUCAUAACUAUGGAGAAAACCCAGAAGAGAAGCAAGAUGAGGCAGAGACUUCCCCCUCUUCGCAAAUCUCUAAUUCACGAGAUGGUAAUGUAAUCCGGCAUGACCGAGAAGCUGACCUUGGCUUGAGAUUGCGGCGUGCUGCUAACUGAAAUGAUGUUCAACUAAUGAAAUAUUUCUAGGGAGGAGGUUCUUUAGCUUGCUUUCAACAUUGGAUUCGGGCAUGCUUCUAGAGUCCUUAUGCAUGCGAGCUUUAUCAUUAGGUAGUGAUCUGCCGAUAAUGAUCGUCUAGUUUUGUGCAUAUCAUACAUGUUAAUUUGAGAUUAGAAUGUCAAACAUAUUAUUUGCUUAUAAAAUGGCCUAGUAUGUUCGUUAAGUCUUCAUUGCUCCACGUGGUGUGCCAUCAUGUUUUCAACA